CUCAUGACUUUGCACUGCACACUGCUUCCUACUGUCAUCCACCACAGCACAGGAACUGCCAACCACAUCCAACUGGAACCAUGCAGUCUGCCGAGGCCAAAUGGAACAAAAACAGCCUGCUUCUGGCUCUGAGGCAAUACAGCUCAGCUGUUAGCAACAUGGAGCACACCAUUCUCCUGCCGAGCCUGCUGCGAGAUGUGCCCUCUGAUGAGGUGUUGGACUGUGAAGCUGAAGAGGAUGCCUGCAGAGACUUGUACAGCAACUUCCUGAUGUUCAAGGCCAUAAGAAACACAGUGGAGAACAGCCUACAUGAUGACCACAUGGCCAAGAACACAGCACUCAACAAGACCCUGGCACCUCUCCUGGACACAGAUCCUGAAGCUCUCUUCCGCUUUCACCUGAAAGGACUGUUUUCUGUGAUGAAUGACCUCACCAAGAAGACUCACAAUCUCACUGAGAAAUAUAUGGACAUUAUUGGAGUUUCAAAUUAGAAAACAUUUAAAUUAUGUGGGCAUUGGCAAAAUAUCUGGUGUUUGUAAAAUAACUGUUUAAAUUUGGUGUCCAUAUUCUUCUAAUGUAUUGGAUUCGGAACAAAUGUGCAUUGUGAAUACCGAUCACUUCUAUCUCUUCUUUGCCAACUGUAAAAGUUCCUUGGAAACUAUGGUUUGAAGAUAUGGCAAAAUGUUAAAUAUAUUAAAUGAUCAUGAAACAGAA